UUGGACUGUUAUUAAAUGGCUGACAGCUGUUUUGAGAAUGCCAGGAAGUACUGGGAAAUCCUCUUUUGCCUCAAAUUGGUCAAAGAAAAAGCAAUGUAUGAAAAAGAAGCAAAACAACAAGAAGAAAAGAUUGAAAAAAUGAAAGCUGAAAAUGGAGAAAAUUAUGCCAUUAAAAAACAGGCAGAGAUCCUCCAAGAGUCCCGGAUGAUGAUCCCAGAUUGCCAGCGCAGAUUGGAAGCUGCAUAUACGGAUCUUCAGCAGAUAUUAGAAAAUGAAAAAGAUUUGGAAGAAGCUGAAGAAUAUAAAGAAGCACGUUUAGUACUGGACUCAGUGAAGUUAGAAGCCUGAAACUUUUCUGUACAGGGGAUUUUUUGCAUUAAAUCCUGGGGUCCAUUCUACAAUUCAUUAUUUUGACCACAGCUGUGUGUUCAAGUAGUAUGAGAAUGUGAUUCUUUUUAUGCCAUUCAUAUAUCUUCCUUUGCAUAUUUAACAUGUCAAAUAAAUGAGUUCGUCUAAUAAAAUUGUUUAUUUCAUACUUUA